ACAUUUCGUUCUCUUGACUAACCGCAGUCACACACAACAAGGAGGGAGUUCCUCGCGUUCACACGUACGUGUUCGAGUCGUCGUCUGUCAGAGCGUCUGAUGCGCGGACCCCAAGCCGAACACUCUUCUCAUGUGAGCUUCAGCGCAGUCGUUCAGCUCGUCGUACCCGCAAACAGCCGCAAAGUUUAGCGUCCGCCGUUUUUCGUGACCGUGGCAGAGAGUUGAGCUCAGUUAAAUAUCUGUAGGAGAGCUUCCCUUUGCCUGAGCGGAGAUGCCUGAGGACGUUGGAACAGCCAAGCCUGGAGGAGUCAUCGCCUACAUUUCCUCUGGCUCUGCCUCCAGCCCAGAGUCCUGUAUGAGCACCAGCCCCAGCAGUGGCUACCUGUCGACAUCACCGACUCCGUCUCGCCCUUCACUGCCCAGCAGGGCGGUGGGCAUGGUGGUGGAUAUCUCUCCGCCUACCAAGAGCGGGCACCAGCGUGGCCACGGCACGGAGAAGGCUGGCCGCUCCUCCACGUCUGCCAAGAGCAGCAUCACCAAAAUCAAUGGAAUGGUGCUGUUGUGCAAGGUUUGUGGUGAUGUGGCCUCCGGCUUCCAUUAUGGCGUUCAUGCUUGUGAGGGCUGCAAGGGCUUCUUCAGGAGAAGCAUCCAGCAGAACAUUCAAUACAAGAAGUGUCUCAAGAUGGAGAACUGCACCAUCAUGAGGAUCAACCGGAACCGCUGCCAGCAGUGCCGCUUCAAGAAGUGUCUGGCUGUUGGCAUGUCCAGAGAUGCUGUCCGAUUUGGCCGCAUCCCAAAGCGGGAAAAGCAGAGGAUGCUGCUCGAGAUGCAGAACGCCAUGAACAACAUGAUGAGCAACAACAGCCAGCUGCACAGCAUGCUGCACGGUCACCAGAGCCCGUCCCUGCCCAUGGACGCCAUGAACAGCGAUGCCAGCUCCUCGCCCUCCUCUUCCUCUUCCUCUGCUUCCGAUUCCCCGUCGUGCUCAAACCCCUCCUCCCCCCAGUGUCCCCAGGACUCAGAGUCUGUGGUGUCCAUGGACACCAACUCCAGCUCCGCCUCCUCCUGCGCAUCGGACAGCGGUGAGGACGAGGCCGUUGUCACGACGAGCACGCAGCACCAAGAUGCCUUCGCGUUCAGCCAGCAGAGGUCACCGAGACAGGGCCACGCCUCACCUGUCAUGGUCGCCCUGGAGACCGGCUGCGACGGCCGCAUGGAGGAGCAACAGGAGAGCUGGAACUGCUGGAACAACAACAGGGUUGUGGGAGGUUACCAGCACAGCUCAUACAGUAACGGCCAACAUGUCGCCAACACUGCCUACAGGGGGGAGAGGGGAGCUUACCAGCAGCAGCCUCAGCCUCAGCCUCAGCCUCAGCAGCAGCUCCACAGCACCCCUAGCUGUGAACCAUCAGAAGCCAGCCAAAGACAGCAUGAGUUCAACACACAAACUGCCUCAGGUGGCUACAGUGCACCACCCAGCUGUGUGAGCAACAGAACACACUUGGUCUGUCCGAUGAACACCUCACCGUAUGUGGACCCCCACAAGCCAAGCCAGGAGAUCUGGGAGGAGUUCUCCAUGAGCUUCACCCCCGCUGUGCAGGAGGUGGUUGACUUCGCUAAGAGGAUCCCGGGCUUCCGCGACCUCCCCGAGAACGACCAAGUCAGCCUGCUGAAAGCUGGAACUUUUGAGGUGCUGAUGGUCCGAUUCGCCUCUCUGUUCAACGUGGCCGAGCGCACGGUGACCUUCCUGAGCGGCAAGCGCUACAGCCUCGACACGCUUCGGUCGCUGGGCGCCGGCGAGCUCCUCAACUCCAUGUGCGAGUUCAGCGAGAAGCUGGCGGCGCUGCGGCUCGACUCUGACGAAAUGAGCCUCUUCACGGCCGUGGUGCUCGUCUCUGCCGAUCGCUCAGGGAUCCAGGACCUAAACUCAGUUGAGGCCCUGCAGGACAAACUGAUCCGGGCAUUGCGAAACCUGGUGAUGCAGAACCACGGCGACGAGUCCGCCACCACCUUCACAAAGCUGCUUCUCAAGCUUCCCGAGCUGCGUUCACUCAACAACAUGCACUCAGAGGAGCUGCUCUCCUUCAAAGUUCACCCUUGAAAGCUUCCUAAGAGGGUGCGCCUGUGCCCUUGACCUUAUCCACACACCUCCACCGGGACCUGCCUCUUACAGCCCCCUCCGCCCUCUGGAUUCAACCAGCCCAGUUGUGUGUUUGUUCAUAGAAUGUAUUAAAAGUCCUUUUUUAUUCUAUUUUUGUUAAGUAGACCACGUGGGGUCUGAGGAGAGCAGAAUAUAAAACUGUACUGUAUUUGUAGAAGAGAUAGCUUUUACGCUUGUUGCACACGAACACACGCAAGUGCACCCGCGUGUCGGACGUUCUUAGUUUUGCAAAGGUGUUUUGAGAGAAAAGAGGAGGACUUGGCUAGCUUCAUGAAAUGAUCCAGAGUAGAAACCAAUUAGCCAAUCCAAAAGCCGUUUACUUCCAAAGCGUGUUCUCUGAUGAGUGGCUGAACGUGAGUGACGACGUAUACCUUGCGUACCGCGUGUGUGUUUGGUCCAAUAUUUGAGCUCGUCAGCGAGAAAGGCAAGCUAUCGGAAAAUGUAUCGAAGAAUGUGCGACGAUCGCUGCUAAUGCAUGGCUGUACUUAACGCGAACGACUUGGAUCUUCUGCCCUUGCCUCAGAAAGCUUCAUUUCAUUGUGUGUACAGUAUUGUGUGUUUUCUUUUAAUUUAAUUUUUUUGUUUAUGUCCAAGUCUCAUGUCAACUGCCUGUUCACUGCUUGGUGGUUUCUUGUCGGGGGGGAGUUGAUGACGCGAUUCGUUUUCUUGAUGAACACUACAUUUGCACACGUUCUGGAGCAGGAAAAACCAAGUAACAAAAAAUCUGCAAGACGUGUGACGCUAUGAGCAUCAUGUGAAGGCUACGGGCAAACGUAGUCGCACCCAGGCAUUUUCUUUGUUUUCCCGCUUUCUGGUUUUUAUGACUUUGACUUUAUGAACUUUGUGUACUUUCAGCAUAGCACUGAAUUGACACUUGUCUUUGUUAUUCAUUUUGUUGAAAUAUCAGUUUGUUUGACUGGCAGCACUGCCAUAUGUAAAUACUACAUAAAUAUAUAAAUAUAUAUAAAUAUCUGAUGAACAUAGAAUAUAAAUAUGAUAUAGUAUGAAUAAAUACAAGUGAAGAAUA